AUGUCGGUGCUGAGGUUGCCAGAUUCUACCCGGGAUAAUGGCAGGCUGAUAGAAAAUUCUCCACAUCCAGCCGAACCGUCGAUAUGGACCGAUCGGGCCGUGCAGGAGGCAUGCCUGAUGCGCUACUUCGUUGAGGAGCUGGCCCCAUGGUUCGAUUCCUGUGAUGCCGGUAAGCAUUUCGCCCUUGUAAUGCCGGAUCGCGCAGCCCAGUGUCCGGCCUUGCUCUACGCUGUUUACUCGGCAGCUGCACGACACCUCGGCCGCUGGCAAUCCACGGGGACCCGCCCGGUCACCUUUGCGGGGAGACGUCUACCCAAUCUUGGGGAUGGCAUGGCCCUCGAUUACCAGUCUCUCUGCAUUUCCCAUUUGGUGUCAGCAGAUGACGCUGAGAUUCACAAUGUGGACCUCCUGGCGGCGUCCGUCAUCCUGCGUUUCUACGAGGAAUUCGACGCGGCCCUGGUUGGCAGUGACGGGAAAACUCAUCUGCGUGGCACCCAAGUCUUCCUCAACGCUCAGGGCCACGCUGCAUUGUGCUGUGGCGGACUGCAACUAGCGGCCUUCUGGGUUGGCAUCCGACAGGAGUUUCACAAGGCCUUCCUCGAACAACGAGUCGCCGAGCUCGAUCUCAGUUGCUGUGAAGCGUCUGUCUAUCGGCAGUUGGAUUCCGCGGACGAUCCCACCUGGGCGAAUCGAGUGGUGUUGCACUGUGUCGAUGUGCUCCGGUAUUGCUAUGGUGAGGAAGGUCAGACCCGGGGGCAAUACGAGGAGUUGUGUGCCUACAACCAGCAAUGGCAAGCUCUAACUCCGCCUACCUUUGACCCCUUGUAUUGUCGACCUCCAAAUACCGUCAAGGGGGAGAUUUUUCCAGUUUUGUGGUAUUUGGAUGACUGCAUCGUCACUGGUAUUCAGCAUUGGCACCUCGCACGUCUUCUUCUGACGGUGUUUGAUCCCACGGUGCCUCGCCUUGGGCCUGGUCGCAAGGCAGCCGUUGCACGAAGAGAGGCCGAGGUCAAGCACCAUGUCUUCAGUCUUUGUGGGAUAGCCAUCUCUAACAAAACCGCUCCGGCCCUCGUUGCUGCCUGCAUGGGAGUAUCCAUGUGUGGUGAUCGCACGACUGAUAGACGGGAGCAAGAGGCCCUGUUUGACAUUUUGCUCAAGACCGAGCAGAUUCAUGGGCUAUCCACCACCCAUGCACAAACCUCUCUCCGGGCGGCCUGGGAAUGGGAUGCUACAAUCUCGCAAGUGUUAUCCUUCAAUCUCAACGUCCGACAGGGUUUAUAA